AUGGAAAGCAAAGAUAAUCCGAUUUAUAGGUGGCUUUCCACUGUGGAGCAGGAACAGAGUCAUCGUCAAGGUGAAGGCAUGGCUUUAUCGCGAGGCUGUCAGAUUUUCCGUGCUAACAGGGCUCCAGGCAAUAAACAGAGAGAGAUGUCUCACGAGGAAUCCGCAACGAGUAUUUCAUGUAUCCCCCUUGAUAUCUCCGAUGUCAUAGGGCGUGGACACUCAAAUACUAGGAAACGGGAUGCCAGUUGCCUUGAGGAAUCCGGAGCACCGUCCACGCAUGAGACUAUUCUUGGAAGUGAAAGCCACAAGAGAUCCCGAAAUACCUACGAGCUAAGGCCCAGACACAAAACUCGUGAGGACCGCUAUGAAUAUAAAGGCCCAUCAUCUGCCCUCGGGUCCCAGUCGCAGCCUCGCAAAGGAAGGACCAAGAAGCGCGCAUGCAGAAAGCACACCAUGAAUGAUGAGUUCCAAGCCACAAAUGUCACAGGAAGUAGGUUGACACUUCGCAACAACACAAAACUCGGCAUCUUCAGCAAGGGCAGGACUUCCUCUUCGAGCAAUCAUCACAAAGAUAUUUCCUCGGCCAACCUUACAAAAGCUACACCAAGCCUGAAGUCUCGCAGAUAUUCUGCAGAGUCUGAUCUUGCCUUUAGUGAGAUGGCCUUUCUCCCCCGAAGGAAUAACCCUAGCCCCGAUCCCACGUGGACCCACAAGGAUGAUCAUGGCGGAAGACACGACGGGGAUUGCGAUCAACAAGAGCUACUGCUCAAAGAUUCAUUAGAUAAUUGCCCCAAGCUUGCCAUGACCCGUCCAGGCAAUAAUUGGCUUGGUGGGAAAAGAAAGCGAGUCAUAUCUGAAGAGGCACCUCUCCACGAGAUUUCCUCGGCUUCUCCAAGAUUGGGGAAUGUCUCUCCCAACUCACCCAACAAGAGAAGAAGGACGUCUCAGUCUCCGUCGAUUCCGUACACUUGGUCUGAGAGUGACACUGAUAGCAUAGCUCAAGGCAAUGCUCUUGAACAAUACCUGCUGAAUCUGAUGCACGUCGGAAUGGAUCUUCAAACUCUUUGCACGGAGAUAUCGAACCCCGGCUUGACUAAACAAUAUUGGAGUCUGUCCGAAUUAUGGGUGCUGCUGUGCGAGAGAAAGGCAUCAUGGCCCAGUGAAAUCAGAAACGAGACGCGUACUUCACCCGGAACCAACACAGACCAGCACGCUACAGGCAGAAUCACUCCGCAGGUGCAGCCGGAGAUGAUUGAACUAACUCACUUACAUUCUCCAGGGGCUGAUAGCAUGAACAAUGGAAUUUCCCAACAAUUCCUGGAGCCAUACACCUCGAUUGAAACGCCUUCAGGUGUGAACAGAUGUUUACCAGAACAAGACACACUUCCCGAGCGAGGGAAAUAUCCCAAGAAAAAUCAAGACUCGGGGCAAAGCGACAACGGACUACCUCAGAAUCUAGACAGAAAGAGCUGUUUCAAUGUCCCAACCCACGCUCCCACCCUAUCUGACAGCCAAACUCGUUCUACAGACCUCUUGAACGAAGACCGAUACGAAUUGUUUUCUCCCAAGAAAGCAGACAAGGAAACCAUUUCUCCGGCAAUUUUAUCGGAGGUCCGACAGCCGCCUGCCUCUGAUAUAGAAUUUUAUGAUCUGAGUCAAGUCGACGAUGACGAAGUUUUCUAUCACACCCUGGAUGCUGCUUACCAUGCCAUCGUGCACCCUGAAGUUGCGGCAGAAGUUGCAUCAGACUUGCAAGAGUUACUUGCAUCUCCUGGAAUGACUGUCAAUCCAUAUUCCGAAGUCCGAUUGCUCGACCCGAAAGAUAGAGGCAGGCAAGCGAGAGCAACUCGCAAUGGACCGCCAAAACAUCAGACAAAAAAAGAAGAUGCAAGGCCAUCCGAGCCUUUCCUUGAGGAAAACUUCCCCAUGCAUCACUUGAACGGUGUUUCUUUUGACGGAAGCAAUGAUUUGCCGUGGCUAGACACUGGACAUCGUCAGCCACAAUUGUGCUCAACAACUGGAAUCAUUGCGAGGCGGAGUCAGCCUCCAGGAUUAUGUGAAUUUUGGCGACAGAACAGACUGUAUUAG